AUGCUUCCCGGUUUCGGCGCCACACAAACAGUCAGCCCCUUCCCGAACCCUCCGGAAUACGCGUCAGCCUACACUAGUGAUCGGAUCGAUAAUGGCUCCGCCCCUCCUCCACCACACCCACUGACAGAAUUCAAGGUUUUCGGCGAGGAGUAUCGGCUGGAAGAGGAUGUAAUCGCCCCGCUAAGCACAGCUGGCGUCGAGCAAUACUAUGUGGACAAGAAUAACUGGAAGGCGGAGAUGAAGAAGUUGAAUCGANGUAUCGGCGCGUUCUUCGACCUGCUAGAGGUGCUGAUCCGUGCGCCCGACCACCCGGCUCGUGAUAAGAAAAUGGUGGAUUUGCACACGAUUUUUAUCAAUAUGCACCACUUGAUCAAUGAAUUCCGACCCGUGCAGGCACGGGACAGCGUCAGGAUUCUCCAAGAACGACAGAUCGAUGAGCUCACCGAGAUUUGUGAUGAUUUCAGAGAAUACCUGGCCCAUGGACGUGAAGUGGUAGAGGAUCAAUUCAAAAUGAUCACCGGAAAACUGCCACCACCCCCACCGCCAUCAGAUCUCACCCGUGUCCGAAUGCAGAAUGGAGCAUUGCACCGGCUGAUUGAGGUCGAAAAAGAGACAGAAGAAGAUGAGGAAAUGAAAGAAGACGACGAGGAGAAGCCGUCGACGUCGUCUUCAGAAGGCAACCAGAAGACGUUGAGAGACAUGACGAAAGGACAUGGGCCACCGAGUGUUGUGAAUCUGCUGGCUAGACAGUUAAACGAAAUGGAACUUAAGAAAUAA